AAUUUCCAUUCCCCUUCCUUCCCCUUCCCUCACCUCCUCCCAAACAGACCAUAAAUUUCACCCUAACGCCACCCUUUCCGUUGUCGACACCCUCUCCCUCUGUCAUCCUCUCGACACAGUCUCCACGUUGCGUUCCUUCGCCAUCGCCCUCUUCCGGGUGAGACGGCAAGGUCCUACACGAAGUCAUAUAGCGCGGUGUUUUCCUCGACCAGUUAACCUCUUUGAGAAUCCGGAAUGGUGAUCUUGGGGAAGCGCCAGAGGAGCUCCGGCAGCGGGAUCCUCAAUCUGUAUCAGCGCGAGGUUGGAGUCCUGUCACCCAGAAAUUUCUCGCAUCGCGUUAGGGCUUCGGAGGGAUGAUUUAUGCCAAACUCGGAAGUGGAAAUGCAAAUGCAUGUUAACAAUAGUUUGUUGUUGCUCGUGAUAAGAGUGGAGACUGAUAAGGUUCUUUACCUUCUAUUGGACAGAAAUAUUCCUUUCUAUGAUAAGAUUUUGUUCUGCGUUUGGGAAUUGACAGAAAACUUAACAAGCAUAAUGGCUGUGUAAAUACUGUGAGUCUCAAUGAAAAUGGGAACAUUCUUGUAUCUGGAUCGGACGAUCAAAUGGUAAUAUUGUGGGAUUGGGAGGUUGGGACUGUCAGGACUUCCUUCCACUCUGGGCAUAAAGACAAUGUUUUCCAGGCACGCUUCAUGCCAUGUACAGCUCAUCAUCAGACUAUUGUUACAUCUGCUGCAGAUGGUGAGGUAAGGCUUGCACAAUUACGUGAAGGCGGCCAAGUAACUACAGAAUUGCUAGCUGAACAUGAUGAUGCUGUUCAUAAGGUUGCAUUUGAGCUGCAAAAUCCUCAUGUUCUUUAUAGUGGUGGUGAAGAUGGCCUAGUUCAGCAUUUUGACCUUAGAUCCAAAAAUUCAACAAAGCUAUUCAUAUGCAGAUCGUUUAGAAGAAGGCCGACUUAUACAUCAUUUGUCAAUCUCAUGGCUAUUUCAAUAGACCCAAGAAACCCAAACUAUCUUGCAGUUGCUGGUGCAGAUGACUAUGCUCGGGUAUAUGACAUUCGCAAGUACAAAUGGGAUGGAUCAACAAAUUAUGGUCUUCCAUGUGAAAAUUUCUGUCCUGCACAUCUGAUUGAUCAUAGUGAAGGGAUAUCAGGGUUGUGUUUUUCUGAUUCAAGUGAGCUGCUGGUCUCUUAUAUGAACGAAUAUAUCUAUCUCUUUCCAAAGGAUCAAGGUCUGGGUUCAAAUCCCGUGUCCUUGCUUUCUGAUAGUGAUUCAGAAGGUAAAUCUAAUUCAGUCCUAUCGACAUCCAAUGCGAGCCUAGGGAUUAAGUUGUACAAAGGACAUUGUAACAGAAAGACUGUGAAGGAUGUGAAUUUUUUUGGACCGUAUUGUGACUAUGUUGUUAGUGGAUCAGACUGUGGUCGCAUAUUUAUUUGGAGAAAGAAAGAUGGGAUACUUUUACGUGCUAUGAAAGGUGAUAGACAUGUGGUGAACUGUACUGUAUCUCACCCUCAUACCACCAUGCUUGCAAGUUCUGGAAUCGAGAAAGAUGUAAAGAUCUGGGUUCCUAACACGACUCAUCCUUUCCAACCAGUAAAUCUAGACGAGGGAUACGAUGUGGAAGAUCUUGAAAAUGAUGAUGACUCUUAUGAUACUGACUUCAGUGAUAGUGAUGAUGGCACCGAGGAAGAUGUCUUUGCUGAUGGUGUUACUUUUUGAUGAUAGGGACAACAAUGCUCAUUUCAACAAUUCACCUUUAGUGCAAAAUACUACUGAGUUGGACAUGAAGCCGAUCAACAGUUGUAAGCUAUUGGCGCAAAUCUAGCCGCGUAAGUAUAAUCAAUUAAUAUUUGCUGCUGAGCAAAAGUGAUCUAGAAGAUGUGCGUAUCUUAAAAUAUCUAACAUGAAGUAUUUGAAAGCUUUUUUUUUCUGAGCAUUACUUAGUGAAAUAUAAGCAUGCAGUUUACAGAAUUAGUGAAUUAGUUUAUGGGGGUGUUUGG